AUGAGGAACUACUUGGGAGCACUCGCACAUGCCUUCACCAGCACCAGCCUCCACCAGCGCCAGCCUCCACCAGCACCAGCCUCCACCAGCUUCAGCCUUCACCAGUGCCAGCCUCCACCAGCGCCAGCCUCCACCAGCACCAGCCUCCACCAGCUUCAGCCUUCACCAGUGCCAGCCUCCACCAGCGCCAGCCUCCACCAGCACCAGCCUCCACCAGCUUCAGCCUUCACCAGUGCCAGCCUCCACCAGCGCCAGCCUCCACCAGCACCAGCCUCCACCAGCUUCAGCCUUCACCAGUGCCAGCCUCCACCAGCGCCAGCCUCCACCAGCACCAGCCUCCACCAGCUUCAGCCUUCACCAGUGCCAGCCUCCACCAGCGCCAGCCUCCACCAGCACCAGCCUCCACCAGCUUCAGCCUUCACCAGUGCCAGCCUCCACCAGCGCCAGCCUCCACCAGCACCAGCCUCCACCAGCUUCAGCCUUCACCAGUGCCAGCCUCCACCAGCGCCAGCCUCCACCAGCACCAGCCUCCACCAGCUUCAGCCUUCACCAGUGCCAGCCUCCACCAGCGCCAGCCUCCACCAGCACCAGCCUCCACCAGCUUCAGCCUUCACCAGUGCCAGCCUCCACCAGCGCCAGCCUCCACCAGCACCAGCCUCCACCAGCUUCAGCCUUCACCAGUGCCAGCCUCCACCAGCGCCAGCCUCCACCAGCACCAGCCUCCACCAGCUUCAGCCUUCACCAGUGCCAGCCUCCACCAGCGCCAGCCUCCACCAGCACCAGCCUCCACCAGCUUCAGCCUUCACCAGUGCCAGCCUCCACCAGCGCCAGCCUCCACCAGCACCAGCCUCCACCAGCUUCAGCCUUCACCAGUGCCAGCCUCCACCAGCGCCAGCCUCCACCAGCACCAGCCUCCACCAGCUUCAGCCUUCACCAGUGCCAGCCUCCACCAGCGCCAGCCUCCACCAGCACCAGCCUCCACCAGCUUCAGCCUUCACCAGUGCCAGCCUCCACCAGCGCCAGCCUCCACCAGCACCAGCCUUCACCAGUGCCAGCCUCCACCAGUGCCAGCCUCCACCAGCGCCAGCCUCCACCAGUGCCAGCCUCCACCAGCUCAUUCUCUCUCCUCGGGGAAGUUCCAGUGCCUUCUCACUGGUCUCUGUGAGGCUUAAACAAGAGAGCACAGCUGGAAGCAACCAGCCCAGAGCCUGA